CGCGGAGCGCGGUUGCGCCGCUGGCGUGGCGGGGCGCGCGCGGCCGCCGGGGGGACCCUGCGCCGGCGGCGUAACGCUGGGGCUGGCUCGGCCGCUGCCCGCCGAGCGGCGACGGGAGGCGUGAGGAGAGCCGGGCCGGGGGGCGCCGCCAUGGGCAGGCGGCCGCGGGGCAGCGGCAGCGCGGCCCGCCGCUGAGCGCCCGCCCAGGUUGUUCUCAAUUUGAAAGGCCAAGGAUCUCUUUAUGGCACAGAGUGGAAAACCUGACCAGUCACUGCACAGAGAGCUGGGAGACCGAGGAGCCGUGCUGGGAGGACCCUCUCCACAGGAUGUUCUCUCCACCAAAGAGCUCCCUGUAACAGGCGACGAUGACAAUCCCGGCAGGACCUUGGAAAGCACUAACAUUUCAGUAGCCCAGCACCUGUGGGUGGCCACUUCUCCCUCCUUCUCUGCACCCUGCCCUCCCACCACUCACCGUGAUGGUGUAUUAACCAAGAAGAACCCUGCUUCUUUUCUCCUCACCCCUCAACUUUCGGCAGCUCUGGGAUUUGUAUGGCAGCAGCGUAACCGUGGAGAGGCCGGGGUAUCACAAACUUAUGGAUUUUGAUAAGAGAGGAGGGAAAGGGGAGCUGGAGGAAGGUAAAAGGAUGUCCAAGACAGGUGGAGGAAGGAGCAGUCAUGGAAGCCGGAGUGCUGGAACCAACUCGGGAGUCUUAAUGGUGGGUCCCAACUUCCGGGUCGGCAAGAAGAUUGGAUGCGGCAAUUUUGGGGAGCUCCGUCUAGGAAAGAACCUCUACACAAACGAAUACGUAGCUAUCAAAUUGGAACCCAUCAAAUCCCGGGCCCCUCAGCUGCACCUGGAGUAUCGGUUCUACAAGCAGCUCGGCAAUGCAGAAGGAAUUCCUCAGGUUUACUACUUUGGCCCCUGUGGGAAGUACAAUGCCAUGGUGUUGGAGCUGCUGGGACCCAGCCUGGAAGAUCUUUUUGAUCUGUGUGAUCGGACCUUCACGCUCAAGACCGUCCUGAUGAUCGCGAUCCAGCUGAUCACACGGAUGGAGUAUGUCCACACCAAAAGCCUCAUCUACAGAGACGUCAAGCCAGAGAACUUCCUGGUGGGGCGGCCGGGCAGCAAGCGGCAGCACACCAUCCACAUCAUCGAUUUUGGCCUGGCCAAAGAGUAUAUUGACCCAGAGACCAAAAAACACAUCCCCUACCGAGAGCACAAGAGCCUGACAGGGACAGCACGUUACAUGAGCAUCAACACCCACCUCGGGAAAGAACAAAGCCGCAGGGAUGACCUGGAAGCAUUAGGGCACAUGUUUAUGUACUUCCUCCGUGGGAGCCUUCCGUGGCAAGGCCUGAAGGCCGACACGCUAAAGGAGAGGUACCAGAAGAUUGGUGACACCAAAAGAGCCACUCCAGUGGAGGUGCUCUGUGAGAACUUCCCAGAGGAGAUGGCCACGUACCUGCGCUACGUGCGGCGGCUGGAUUUCUUUGAGAAGCCCGACUAUGACUACCUGAGGAAGCUCUUCACAGACUUGUUCGAGAGGAACGGUUACGUGUUCGACUACGAAUACGACUGGGCAGGGAAGCCACUGCCCACCCCCAUCGGCACGAUGCACAGCGAGGUGCAGGUGCAGCCCCCGAGCAGAGACAAAGCACAGCCACACACCAAACACCAGCCGCCCGAGGGGACGGAGUUGUGGGAUCCUCAGGCCGGGGGGCAGCCUGCCGAGGAGCCUGUGGGAGCUCACCUGGCAGCCGGCAGGCUCGGGGGGUCCGUCCAGGUGAUGAGCUCUACCAACGGAGAGCUGAACACAGACGACCCGACGGCAGGACAUUCAAACGCCCCCAUCACAGCCCCCACCGAGGUGGAGGUGACAGACGAUACAAAGUGCUGCUGUUUCUUCAAGAGAAGGAAGAGGAAAACCACCAAGCGUCGCAAGUGAGCAGCUGCGGGGCGGGCUGGAGCCUCUUUGCCUCCCACCGCGGCUCCUUUCCCUCCCACCGCGGCUGGAUCCUGUGCCCUGCGGAGCUGCCGGCGCCGGCCCCUCGCUUCAAGGUGGGCCCGGGGGGGGGCUGGGGGGGGGGCUGAGCCGGCCGGGCCCCCCCCAGGCGCAGGCGGGGAGCGGGGCCUCCCCAAACUGCUUGUCCCUCCCUCCGCCGCUCGCCCGGCGCGGGGGCCGGUUCCUCGAACCUGAGCUCCCCCCACACACCCCCACACACACACACACACACCCCGCGACUUCGCUGAAGUUCCCGCGUCCGUCGGCAAAGGAAAACAAACAAACAAAAACAAACAAAGCGGAAAAAAAAAAAAAAACCACAACAAAAGGCAAGGGAAAAAAAAAAAGAAAAGAAAGAAAAGGAGAAAAAAAACCAACCCAACCCCACAACAACAAAGCAGGAAGAAAAGAAUCGAAGGGAAACGAAUCCACAGCCUCACUUGCUUUUGAGUCUAUAACUAGUUUGGAAAUGGGGAUCAACUCUACAGACUGAACCCUCGCUGGCAGAAGAAGACAAUGUCGGGAGCAGUGGCUGAGGAGGAGGAGGAUUUCAUUUGGGUUUUUCUUUUUUGUUUUUCUUUUUUUUUUUUCUUUUUCCUUUUUUUUUUUUUUUUCCUGUUGCUUCUUUGUCUCUUUAAGUUAAUUUAAAGUGAGUCUCGGUGCCGA